AACUUUUAAAAGUUUUAUUAAAUUGAUUAAUGCAAAUUCAGACAUUUUAUUAACAAAAUUAUGGACAUUUGUUUCGAUUUUAUAUAUGUGAAUGUAUGUGUCAAAACAUUACGCUGAAAAUUUAAUCGACUGUCCCAUGGAGCGUAUUUACGUCGGCGUAAUGAUCAAUAAACCAAUUACAAGAUCCCUUUAAUAUCUAUUUCAAAAAUGAGUAUUGUAAAUUAACAUUUGAUUGGCUUAUUAAUCUUUACGCCGCGCAAAUACGCUCCAUGGGACAAUCGAUGUUUGUGCUGGCGUAACGAAAACGAGCGUAAAGUGUGUGAUUAGCCUAGUUCUUUUACGACCUUUACGUCAUACGCUGAUACGCUGUACGCCGACUCCUUGAGACUGUACCAUGAUGCUCGACGCUCCCAUGUAAAGGCGCCUAUGGUUUCUGCAUCAAGAAGCUGCGCCAAGCUGCACAAUAACCACUGCGCAACUCGACGCUCGACGCACGACACUUGCAAGGAAAUCACUCGUUAUCACUUGCAAGAUAACGUGACAUUGCCUCAUCAACGUGUCGUCCACUCCAAGAAUUUGAGCAGACAACGAUUCAUCUUCAAAAAAGCGCCGAGCGGUGUUGCCGUCAUUAGUAUUACCGAAUCCUUGUAUCGGAAAGUCAAUUUUAAGACCCAACAUGUCCUUAAAUCUUUUUUGGAUCGCUUUUUUACGAUCUGCUAUUGUUUUUUUCUCGUUCUCUGUACGCGCUUGCUACUUUCCAAUUCCGAAUUUGUAGCCGAUGUGCAAGAAACAUUCGAAAAAUUGAAUCCAUAUUUUUCAUAAAUUAUAUUUCUUAUACGCAUGCAAAACAAUUGCAAGGCUUUGUUUAGUUUUUCUAAAUUAUUCAAUAAAACUCAGCAGUAUAAAACAUGAUGAUCAAUUGAAGUAAUGAUUUAUAUGUUUGUUACGUGUAUAGAUAAAUUUUACAUGUCUAGUAAUAGAUAAGUCUGAGUUUGUCAUCAACAAUAGUUGCAGAUAAUAUAACUGUGUCAAUGCAUCAAUCCACCUGUCAUAAAAAUUCGGCUAAGAAAAAAUACAUAAAUCAUUUUACAAUGUUAUCUGCAGCAACUAAUAUUUUGCUAAAAUAUCAGUGACACGUGAAGAAGUGUUUCAAGCACAUAAACUUUUCCUGUCUUAUACGUAUUUAUUUCAAAAGUAUUUCCAUGAGGAGAACAUGGUGUACAACAUUCACCUUUUAUUACAUAUUUCCAAAGGUGUUCUCAAUUGGGGCCCAUUAUGGACUCAUAAUUCCUUCUUAUACGAAGGUCAAAAUCGCUACCUUAUGCAAUUAUAUCAAAUGUUGUUUUUCAAAUUGCGCGGCAGUUUCUGAUUUAUACUUCAAUACCUUAUUUGUGUUCAAAACUCGUUUUGUCACAACAGACUAUUGAAUUUUCUGAGAAAAUUUAAAAAAAAAACUUUAUUUACUUUAUGCGUUGUGGACAGGAAAUUAUACUUUUAGGAAAAGGUGAAAAAUGUUCACUAUCAGUUGAGGAAGAGCAUUUACUUGCUUACGUUGAUAUAUUAACUGAAAGUUGUUUAGCUUAUCAAAAAAUGAUUUAUAAACAAAUAAGAUAUGUGUUAAUAAGACAUGUAAUAGAUAUUGUAACAAUAAACUUAACAAUGACUCAUACAUAUUAAUCAGCUCUGGAGAAAUAGUUAUGAUUAGAUUAAUCUUGAGAGCUUCAUUCAGUGUUAAACUAAUUGUACAGCAGUUUAACAAUGAAUCUGUUAUUAGAAAUGAAAAUGUAAGAAAUUUUCAUAUCCAAAAAAUAGAUAGCUAUGGUCGUUUAAAAUGUAUUGACGUAAAUCAGAUAAUAAGUCCAUGCAUUUUUAUAAGUGUACCGCGUACCAACUAUAUAUGUGAAAUGCCAUUUGGCUGUUACGGAGACUAGAAAAUCCCACUGUAAUGCUUAAUCUGUUUUUUUACUCUUUUGCUUUUAUUAAAAAUUGCGUCCGACUUGCUUCCUCUAUGGCAGUGAUGCAAGUAACAAUAAAAAUAUUAGAUUUAUGUUAUAAACUAUGUUCAGUUGGUAAACUUACGAAAGACAUAAUAAAUAUUGCUUUUAAAAAUGUAUACAUAUACGCGCGUGCGCGCACACACACAAAAUCUGUAUAAACUUAUUAAUGUAUAUUAAUACAAUAAAAGAUUCUCAUGCA